CACAAUCCCACAAUGCAUCUCACUUCCUGGAUACCAAUGACAACGCGCUGUAUCCAAGCAUGGCGGUGUUGUGUUGUCUUAUUAUUUUGAUAUAUUUAGAUACGGCGCUUUGCAUUGAAGACACGAACACUACGGGAAACGUUAAUAUCACACUCGGAAACACGGACGACACGUCUGCUGAUCGAAACGAAUCGCUUGAUUUCAGGGAUCUGGGAGUCAGUGAAACACCGGAGAUCUUCCCAGCUCCAGCAGCCUGGACUCCCGAAUCCGUGACGGAGUUCCCGGAUCAGAGCGAGUCCUCGGAGAGCUCCGUCCCCGACACGAGCCCCGAGUCCCCGCGAGCCGCUACAGCCGAGCAGCCUCCGGUUACCUACGCCUCUCAGCCGUGUCUGUGCGAUCUUCAGAAGGGUCAGUGCGACAGAGAGUGCUGCUGUGACCCGGACUGCUCUGAGCUGGCCCUGAUCACGGACUGCACAGCAGAGACAGUCAGUAAUGAGCCCAGACUGUGCCUCCAGGAUUCAUCUGUGUAUACCCUGAGCUCUACACAAGAGGGUUUAUCUAGCGUCCCGUCCACUGUCCAGCGAGACGUCGACCCGGAUGUCUCCUGUAUUCAGUCUACUAACUCUGAACAAGAUUUGUCAUUACCUACACCAGAAGUUCCCACUGAUGAGAAUUUUGACUCAGUUUUUGGUCGAUUUUGGGGAUUCUUUGGCCGCUCGAGUGUGACCAAUGCACUUCAAAGCCCUGAUGUGGGAAAUUCAUCAGGAUACCAGUAUGGAGAAGUCAUUCAAACUGUGAAUAAGACUGAAGAGCAGGAAUUCUUCACCUUUCCUGCCUCAGCAGGAACAGCUCACUGCUUAGACGCAAACCCUGCUGGUUUUCUGAAGGACCAGACGAGCAGAUGUAUGAGGAGCUUUGAUUUAGUGCAAGAUUGUGAAACACUAGAAGCUCUGCGCUUGGAAACUUACAUUAAUUUCAACAUCCGUUCUGGGAAGAUCCAGGAAGCUAAAGUCAUUGGUGUGGCGGUGGCAGCCAUUACUCUGCAGUCUUUAGAUGGCACACAGACACCGGUGGACCCAGCUGACCUUGCGUCCUAUAUUCCUGUGCUUCUGGAGUCUGGUGACAUCUGCAACAACGUUGUACUGCAGGUGAAGUACACUUUCAGAUACAGUGAAGCUGGGGAAAUCCUGAAUGCAAUAGCAUCAAUUGUGCUGGGAGCCAUUAAAAGCGUUAUGGUGCCCAUUCAGCAAGAGUUUCAGAUUACAUUCUUGCAGGACAUCUCGAGCACCCCAGGGUUGCAAUUUAGUGGCAAUCCUGGCUAUGUGGUGGGACGGCCCCUAGUGGCUGGGACAAGAACAGCAGAUGGGAUAGUCCAGUCCGCUAACCCAAAAGGAUCACUCACUAUCCUCCAAAACUCUGGAGAUCAGGAUUGCUUGUCUGGGUCAUCUGAGCGCACCCCUGUCCUAUUUGGGAUUGACAUGGUAUCAGGCUGCACUCUGAAGUUGUCCGAUGGAGUUAAUUGUUCUCUGGUAUCUGAAGUAAUUUUGUGGACGCUAAAAGGCCAGAGCUUUCCGGACCAUGUAGCCUCAUUUGGGAAUUCCUUGCCUCAAAACCUUCUGGACUGGGUUCAAAUACAAAACCAAACCAUAGCAUUGGGUACACAGGCUUGCAGCAUACCACUGUCUUACCAUCUUGAAGUAAAAUGGACCAAGUACGGAACCUUGGUGAACCCCCAGGCUCAGAUUGUGAGCGUCAUGGAGACAAUCAUUACUAACACCAGCAGUUUGGCCCUCCUUACCAGUGCCAAUGGUCUUCUGUCUGUCAGAAGCUCAGUGAGUUUUGUUGAUGUGUCUGCAUCUGCCAGUCCAGGAUUCAAAGUUCCUCCUACAAUUGAUGCUAAACUACCCUUUGACUUUUUCUUUCCAUUUGUAUAAUGGAAUAUUUAAGUUUUUAUCUCUUUUGGCAACAACAUGAAAGGAGGACCAGUUUCUAUAACCAUGUUUCUUUGAAACAAUUGUUUUACUUGAAGUUAUAGUGUAUACAGUAUUUAUUGUAUAGUCAUUUGUAUAUAAUGCACUGAUUAACAUUUUUUAAAAUAA